AUGCGCCUCGACAAGCUGUUUGACCUGCAGGGCCGCAUCGCUCUCGUCACGGGAGGUGGCACGGGGAUCGGUUGGAUGAUCGCGGAGGGCCUUGCCGCGAAUGGCGCAAAGGUUUAUAUCACCGGCAGGCGUAAGGAGGUGCUCGAGAAGGCCGCUGCCUCCUUCAACCAGAGUAAUCAAGGAAAUGGAUCUAUAGUACCCAUGGUCAUGGAUGUUACAGAUCGCAAGAGCAUUUCAGCUGGCCAAGAGGUCAUCGCAUCCAAAGAAGGAAGACUGCAUAUUAUGGUCAACAACGCAGGACAGACAGGGCCCGUAUCGAAGUUUCUAGAGGAUCCCAAUGCGCCUGAGCAGAAAGAUCCUGAGACACUCGGACGAGCCAUGUUCAACAACGAGUCGUUUGAGGAAUGGACAGGAAUAUACAGCAUCAAUGCGUUCUCUAUAUACUUUGUGACCACCGCAUUCCUCGGAUUGUUGGCGAAAGGGAGCGCAGACAUCCCUGGGUACACAUCGUCCGUCAUUAACAUUACAAGCAUCAGCGGAAUUAUCAAGCUCUCUCAAAAUCACUUCGGGUACAAUAGUUCAAAGGCAGCAGCUUCACACCUGACAAAGAUGCUCGCAACCGAGUUGGCAUUGAAGAAGAUUCCCGUGCGCGUCUGUAGCAUCGCACCUGGUGUCUACGAGUCGGGCAUGACAUACGACAAGAUCACAGAAGACAAAGUAGACAUCGUCGGUAAAGGACUGAUUCCUGUACCGGAGAGGAGGCCGGGGUCAGCGCAGGAGAUAGCGGGCACAGUCAUUUAUCUGGCCUCUCCUGCUGGCUGCUACACGAACGGCCAGGAAAUCGCUGUAGAUGGUGGAUAUACCGCUGUGAACCCAUCCGUCCGGUGA